AUGUGGCCACGGCCACAGCCACAAGCGCAGUCUCUCGGACGAGACGGGGCCCCUUGGCGGUCCUGGAGCGGUUAUGCUCGCCUCCCAUGGACUUCUGCGGCCGGCGUCGUGCUCCUACACAUCCUUGCAAUCUGUAUUUUGCUGGUCGCCGUGGACGCUGGCUGUCUGACGGCAUGUGACGAUAGUGUAUCGGCCGUCCUUGCAGACACGAGGGCCGAUAUUCCAUCGACUGCCGAGUCCAGCGCAGACUGGGGCAGAGCUGACGUGGACAAGGCGAAUGCAAGCUGCCCGACAGCUGGCUGCAUUGCCUCCGUAACAGGCGACAUCACCCUAUCGGGACCGCCCAUGACGGGUGAUUUGCAAGCACUGCUGUCAACCUCGACCGGGUCUGUGGCCGUUUCGAGCAACGCGAGCUCUGUCUCGUCCGCAGCCACAACGAGCACGACACCCAGCGAGGCGACCAGUGUCGAAGUCGUCUCGCCGCCGUCCUCCAUGUCGACGUCUCUGUCGCAGUCUCUGCCAGCCCUGUCCCAGCCACCUGGCACUCCAGGUCCAUCCUUGCCGCCGUCAGCCACGCCGACGGGCGAUGCCACCACGCACAAACCUGUCGCGACCAUUCCGCUGGCUGUGGGUGUCAGCGUGGGCGGCGUGUCUCUCGCGCUGGUCGGUAUUGCAGCGGUGCUGCUCUGGCGACGCCGACGGAAGCGCAGCGGUAGCGACGACGAUGACGUUGACGAAAAUGACAACGGUGGCGGCGGCAGCGGCAGUCUCCCCCGCGCCGAGUCUCCCCCUCCACGAGAUACGCCGGACGGCCUCCACCCCUCGGCGUCCGGGCUGCUCUUUCGCGGUGGCAGCCUGCAGAGCCGGCGGCCGAGUGGUGGCGACACGAGUCAAGACGGCGGCGAUGACGGAAACGAAGGCGCCGCAGUGGCGGCAGUGACCCGUCACUAUCGCACCAGCAGCCUCCGGCAGGGAAGCAUUCUCAACGGUCUCUACGCCAGCAGCCGGUUCACGCCCGAUGCGGUGGCCAUGCACGACGUUCCGCGGGUGCCAUCGGUAGGACCAGAACGGCAGUGGCGUGGCCCGUCGCCGACGUCGCCAACGAAGCCGCCCGAGAUCCCCUACGACGGACGACGCUUCCCACCAUACUACGGCAUCCCCGGCAUGGAGCUGGACGGGUAUGCCGAACUUCCUGGUUAA